AUGAGGCGCAGACAUACAGUGCAACCAUUGGCCGAUUUGCUGGAAAAAGGCCAAUGGAUUCAGAACAAGUUUUCGAGCGUAUGUUUGCUUGCUUCGUUAUCCGCAUUGUUCUGGUUUUGUCUGCUGUACUUCAAUCUGGUGGUGAUUGGCGGCAAUUAUAAGGCUGGUGAAGUUUCUGCUCAAUCGGAAUUGAAUUUCAUCGAUUUUGAAUCGAGGAAUCUCCUGCCUGUUCUUCCCAAUCCUUCCUCUGUCAUUCCGAACACCCGUCGUUCUGGAUUUUACUCCGACGCCGGAGAACUGCUCGACGAUGAAUCGACAGGUGAAUUCGCGAAUCCUGUGAAGAAUUCGGAUAUUAAUCGGUUCCAUAACAGAGACGAUGAGCUGAAUCAGGGGAUGAUUAAGAAGGCGUAUCCAUUUAUGCGAGCACUAACGACAGUAGAAAACAAAAGCGAUCCAUGUGGAGGAAGGUAUGUCUACGUCCACAAUCUUCCCCCAAUGUUCAACGAGGAAAUGCUCACAAACUGUAAGGAUCUAAAUCCAUGGGAGAACAUGUGUAAGUUUUUGAUAAACAGUGGUCUCGGAUCUCCAUUAGAGGAUAAAACAGGGGUGUUCUCAGAGACAGGAUGGUAUGCUACAAAUCAGUUCAUGUUAGAUGUGAUCUUCCACAACAGGAUGAAGCAAUACAAGUGCCUAACAAAUGAUUCCUCCAUUGCUGCAGCUAUCUUCGUGCCAUUCUACGCAGGAUUCGACAUCUCCCGGUACCUCUGGGGGCACAACAACAUAUCAACUAAAGAUGCGGCAUCUCUUGCAUUAAUCGAUUGGCUGACGAAGAAGCCCGAAUGGAGCAUAAUGGGAGGAAGGGAUCAUUUCUUCGUCGGAGGCAGAAUAACAUGGGAUUUUAGGCGAAUGAGUGACCGAGAAGGGGAUUGGGGCAACAAGCUUCUUUUAUUACCGGCAGCCAAGAGAAUGUCGAUGCUUGUAGUGGAGUCGAGCCCUUGGGACUCAAUUGAUCAAGGGAUUCCAUACCCCACCUACUUCCACCCUGCAAAGGACGGCGAUCUGAUCGCUUGGCAGCGCCGGAUGAGGACAAUGCAGAGGAAGAAUCUCUUCUGUUUUGCAGGCGCGCCGCGGCCGGGAAGUUCCAAAUCCAUCCGAAGCCAGAUUAUGAAACAAUGCAACAGUUCCAAGAUGUGCCGAUUGUUGGAGUGUAUUCAGCAUAGGGAUAGCAAAUGCUAUUCUCCCACCAAUGUCAUGGAUAUGUUUCAGAAAUCAGUUUUCUGCCUGCAACCUCAAGGGGAUUCCUACACUCGAAGAUCUACGUUCGACUCAAUCCUCGCCGGCUGCAUACCUGUCUUUUUCCAUCCAGGCUCAGCCUACGCUCAGUACACAUGGCAUCUGCCCAAGAAAUACUCCCAAUACUCGGUCUUCAUUCCGGAGGACGAUAUUCGCAAGAACAUAAGCAUAGAGCAGAGGCUGAGGCAAGUAUCUGCAGAGGAAGUGAAAAGAAUGAGAGACGCCGUGAUAGAUCUAAUUCCGAAAGUUAUAUAUGCAGACCCUCGAUCUAAACUCGAGACGUAUAAAGAUGCAUUCGACAUAUCUGUCGAGGCAGUCAUCGACAAGAUCACCAAGAUGAGGAAGGACAUAAUCAGUAGGCAAAUAGACAAUCAGAUUUUGGAGAUUAGUUCCAAAUAUGCUGCCAUGGGAGAAGGCCAAGGAUUAUGGUCUAAUGAAUGGGAUUCAUAUUUCUCAAAUUCUCAGAAAAAUGAGGCCAAGUCGAGGUAUUAA